UGAGUAACCCACUGACAAUUUUUACAGCUGUGUAUAAAUAUCUAUCCUAUGAUCACCUAUGAUCAAACAGCUGAUCACAUUCAUUCAUAUUCUGUCAAAUUAUAUUUAGCUAUUUAAAUACAUAUUAUUGUAAUUGAUUUUGUAUCGCAUUAACACAUUUUCUUAUAUAUUUAUUAUAAAUGUAAUAACUGAUAAGCGUAUUGAUUUAACGAAAUCAAAAAUACAGAUGAUAAUUUUCGAUAAAUGUCAUCCUUGAAAAUCUCCACACACUUUUUACACAUUUAUUAAUGAACUGUUAGUGAUAAUUAAUAAAAUGUCAAUAAAUAUUGAUAUCAAAUUAAAGCGUGCUAGUAAAAUAUAUCGUGAAGGGGAAAUAGUUGCUGGUUUUAUAUUAUUACAAACUAAUUCAGAUGUUAAACACGAUGGAAUAUUUCUAAGUAUGGAAGGUUCAGUUAAUUUGCAACUUAGUUCUAAAAAUUUUGGUAUUUUUGAAGCUUUUUACAAUUCUGUAAAGCCAAUACAAUUAGUUCAAUAUACUUUAGAUGUAGCUCCAAGUGGAAAAAUACCAAGUGGUAGAACAGAAAUACCAUUUGAAUUGCCAUUAAAACCCAGAGGAACUAAAUCUUUAUAUGAAACGUAUCAUGGGGUUUUUGUAAAUAUUCAGUAUCUUAUACGUUGUGAUAUAAAAAGAAAUUUUUUAGCAAAAGAUGUAAGCAAGUCUUUAGAGUUCAUAGUAGAAGACAAAGUGCCUCCUAAGAUAGAUAAAGAGUCUAGCAAACCAGUGUCUUUUAAAAUUAUGCCAGAGUCUUUGCAAAAUACUAGAGAUAGAACUAAUAUUCCCAGAUUUUGCAUUUCAGGAAAAUUAGAUUCAUUGUAUUGCAAAGUUUCUGAACCAUUAUCAGGAGAGGUUGUAAUUGAACACUGUGAGGCUGUAAUAAAGUCUAUUGAACUGCAAUUAGUCAGAGUUGAGACAUGUGGUUGUGCUGAGGGAUAUUCUAGAGAUGCUACAGAGAUACAAAAUAUACAAAUUGGAGAAGGAAAUGUAUGCACAAAUCUGCCUAUACCAAUAUAUAUGAUAUUUCCAAGACUGUUCACAUGUCCCACAUUAAGUACAAGUAAUUUUAAAGUUGAAUUUGAGGUGAAUCUUAUUGUAAUAUUUGAAGAUGAUUAUUUAGUCACCGAAAAUUUUCCCAUUAUAUUAUCGAGAUAUUAAAUUUUUA